AAAUCGAAAGCGUAAUUCGCACUCGUAGACAGACUUUUCCUCUCUCUCGGUCUCCGAUUUCUCGCCGGCCACUACUGCGCGCGGCGAUGGCGACAAUGGCGAGGCUGACGCGUCACCCGCUGCUGCUCCCAGGCCGGAGAUCGUCCUCGCUCACCCUCAUCCUGGUGGUGCUGCUGACCGUCUCGGUGGUCCUCCUCAUGCUCCUCGCCCUCGGGAUCUUCUCGCUACCUGUGGAUUCCGACGGCCCAGCUAAGCACGGCCCUCGAAGAUCCGUCCACGAGGCGAGGAAUGCGCUGGAGCACGGAGGGGAUCAGUGGACGGAGCAGGUUUCGUGGGAACCCAGGGCUUUUAUCUAUCACAAUUUUAUGUCCCAGAAAGAGUGCGAGUACCUCAUUGAAUUGGCAAAGCCUCAUAUGCAGAAGUCAACAGUUGUAGAUAGUGCGACAGGUCGGAGUAAAGACAGCAGGGUCCGGACAAGUGCUGGCAUGUUUCUUAGAAGAGGACAAGACAAAAUCAUCCGAACAAUUGAGAAAAGAAUAGCAGAUUUUACCUUCAUACCUGUAGAACAUGGAGAGGGUCUUCAGGUUCUCCAUUAUGAAGUUGGUCAGAAAUAUGAAUCUCACUUUGACUACUUCACAGAUGAAUUCAACACUCAGAAUGGGGGUCAGCGAAUAGCUACAGUUCUCAUGUACCUUUCUGAUGUUGAGGAAGGUGGUGAAACUGUCUUUCCUUCUGCAAAAUUCAACAGAAGUUCUUCAGCAGAGUUAUCAGAAUGUGCAAAAAAAGGCCUUUCUGUUAAACCAAAGAUUGGUGAUGCUUUACUCUUCUGGAGUAUGAAACCAGAUGCCACUCUGGAUCCAUCUAGUUUACAUGGUGGAUGCCCUGUUAUUAAAGGAAAUAAAUGGUCUGCUACAAAAUGGAUGCGCGUUCAUGAAUAUAGAACUUAGUUACUUUGCUAAGAAGUGUCUAGAGUUGAUCCAUUUAGCAUCGGAUAGGGGUCCGGAUUCAGGGUGAACACUUAAACUUCAUGGAAGGCAAGUCACAUUGCUCUUCUCCUUAUUUCCUGUCAGUUUUGUAAUCCAAGUCAAACUACAGAUAUUCGAUACGAUGUAAAUGUUAUGAGUCGAACUGGAUAGUGUUCUGUUUUUCAUCAAUAUUUUGACAAUAAGAUCUGGCUUCAAGCUUCUAAGUUGGAUUGACCA